CUUUCCUCCCGCUUGUUUCUGUAAAUAAUUGUGGAUUUUUGCAUAGUCCUACUAUGUCGGUGGUUAUUGAGACCACACUGGGAGACUUAACAGUUGACCUCUUCACGGACGAGCGACCAGUUGCCUGCCUCAACUUUAUUAAACUAUGUCAGCUAAAGUACUAUAACUACAACCUAUUUCAUACUGUGCAGCAAGGCUUCAUAGCUCAAACCGGCGAUCCCAGUGGUGUUGGAAAUGGCGGCUCUUCCGUUUGGGGCGUUGUGGAGGGAAUGCAGAAGCGUUUUUUCGAGGCCGAAUACAUACCGAAAAUACACCACUCAAGUGCGGGCAUGCUCUCGUUGGUCAGUGCCGGCAAAAAUCUAGUCGGCUCACAGUUCUUCUUCACACUCGGCGAAAAUCUAAUUUCGUUGGAUGGCAAUCAUUGCGUUAUCGGUGAAGUUGUAGAGGGCCAUGAAGUACUGCGAAAGUUGAACGAUGCCAUUGUGGACGACAAUUUUCGACCCUAUCAGGAUAUUCGCAUAACGCAUACUGUCGUUCUCGAAGAUCCAUUUCCAAACCCUCGUGGCUUUCAAGUGCCUAGCCGUUCUCCAUCUCCCAGUGCCGAAAGACUCCAAAAUGGACGCAUCGCGGCCGACGAGGACAUUGAUGAAACCAACGGCAAAACCAUGGAAGAGAUGCAAGAGAUGUUGGCGGAGCGUGAGGCUAAAGCACGUGCUACAAUUCUGGAAAUUGUGGGUGACUUGCCAGAUGCCGAGAUGGCGCCACCAGAAAACGUGCUCUUUGUGUGCAAACUCAAUCCCGUCACUACGGACGACGAUUUGGAAAUAAUUUUUAGCCGCUUUGGCGUUGUGAAAGGUUGCGAAGUGAUACGGGACCGCAAGACAGGUGACUCCUUGCAGUAUGCCUUUGUAGAGUUUGAGGAUCAGAAGUCAUGCGAGGCGGCCUAUUUUAAAAUGGACAAUGUUCUUAUUGACGAUCGCCGCAUACACGUGGACUUCUCUCAGUCUGUGUCUAAGGUGACGUGGCGGGGGAAGGGACGAGGCGUCGUUGGUGAUGGUAGCCAAUUGGACUUUAACAACUUGAGGGAAAGCAAUGGCAAGAAACACGAGAGCAAACCGAGAAAGAGGGGACAAGAAGAUCGACGAGGACAAGGAGAUCGACGUAUGGAUAGAAACCGAAACGACGAACAAAAAAGAGAAAUAACCUCGGAAGAACGGAGAAAGGCUCGUGAACAACGACAUAGGGAGCAAAGGGAACGCGAAGAUCGUGGCCGACGCAAUAAUACACAACGUUCAAGAUCAAGGGAAACAAAUGUUCGGCAUAACGAACGAUACGAAAGACGUCGAUCUAGAUCGAAUGACCGAAACGUCGAUCGUAGAAGACCCACAUCGCCUUACAGAGGCUCGCGAUACUCGCCAGAGCGCAGACGUAGAGAAAGCCAACGUGAUAGAAGUGAAGACAGGCAUCACAGGCCUUCAUUUAGAACCCAAGCGAACUCACAAAGCGAGCGACGGCAAGCGGAAAGAAAGUACAAGGAAAAGGAAUCAGAAAAUGUGUCAAAAGUUCGGAAACGUGUAGCUGUGGAAGAGGAGCGAGCAUCUAAGAAAAGAUCAAAGCGAGCUAAAUCCAGUAGCUCGGAGUCGAGUGACUCCUCUGACGACAGUGAGUCAUCUUCAACUGAUAGCUCCGACGAAAGCUCCUCGGACGAGCGUAGCAAACGCAAAAAACACGGCAAAUCUAAUCAGAAAAAAAGCAAAACAAAGAGAAAACACAAGUCGAAAAAGAAACAUAAGAAAUAAUGACUGACAUGUUGC